AGUGUUGUAAAACGUAAAGAAAACAAAAAAAAAAAAAAAAAAGAACAAACGAAAAAAAUAAAAAAAGAAUAAAAAGUACAGAAUAUAAUUAAAGGUCGCAUAACAAAACGCGUUUUCUAUCUUUUUUUUUUUUUUGUAAUACAAUUAAUAAAAUUUUAUCAAGCGAAGGAAAUUCAUUUGUGUUUUUUGCUGCAAGUUGUAAAUAGAAAGAGUAACGCCGCACGAUGAAUGUGUUCUUAAGGAAAAGUCUUCAAUUGACAAAUGCCGUAAAGUCAUCGUUCUCUACAAAUGUAUGGAGAGCUGCUAGUAUACAAGCGCCUCGCCAACCUGCUUCAACACCUGAGAAACGUCAAACUGAACGUAAACCAACGUUUUCAGAGAGAAGUCAAUUGAAAUAUGCUCGCCGUCUAGUUGUAAAGCUGGGUAGCGCAGUUAUCACGCGAGAAGAUAAUCAUGGCCUUGCCCUUGGACGUUUAGCAUCCAUUGUUGAGCAGGUUGCCGAGUGUCAUUUGGAGGGUCGUGAGGUUAUGAUGGUUACAAGUGGUGCUGUUGCUUUUGGUAAGCAAAAGUUAGCUCAAGAAUUGUUAAUGUCAUUGUCUAUGCGUGAGACCCUCGCGCCUAAGGAUCACUCGAAAGAGGAGGAAAGUUUUCUAUUAGAUCCAAGAGCAGCAGCUGCUGUUGGUCAAUCGGGCCUUAUGUCACUGUACGAUGCCAUGUUUGCGCAGUAUGGUGUGAAAAUUGCUCAGGUGUUGGUAACAAAGCCGGAUUUCUAUAACGAAGAGACGCGUACCAAUUUGUUCGCCACACUAUCUGAGUUAAUUAGUCUGAAUAUUGUGCCAAUUAUAAAUACAAACGAUGCCGUCUCGCCACCAAUGUUUCUAAAAGAUGACGAUAUACCACCGGGAACGAAAAAGGGAAUUCCCAUCAAAGAUAACGACAGUUUGUCUGCCAUGUUGUCCGCCGAAGUGCAAGCAGAUUUGCUUAUCCUUAUGUCGGAUGUCGAUGGUAUUUACAACAAGCCACCGUGGGAGGAUGGCGCCAAACUAAUGCACACAUACACAACCAACGAUAGUCGUUCUAUACAAUUUGGCCAAAAGUCCAAGGUGGGCACCGGUGGUAUGGAUUCGAAAGUUAAGGCUGCUACUUGGGCCUUAGAUCGUGGCGUCAGCGUAGUGAUAUGUAAUGGUAUGCAAGAAAAAGCCAUUAAAACUAUAAUCGGUGGUAGGAAAGUGGGUACGUUCUUCACCGAAUCAACAGACGGCUUCACCACCCCAGUCGAGGAACUUGCUGAGAGCGCGAGGGAAGGCAGCCGUCAAUUGCAAACGUUAACUCCAGAGCAAAGAGCCAGCGCUGUUCACACAUUGGCUGAUUUAUUGGUAAGCAAAGAACAAUUCAUUCUGGAGGCCAACGCCAAAGAUCUCUCCGAUGCCCAACGUAAUGGUCUCGCAAAACCUUUGCUCUCACGAUUGUCGCUGAGCACAGGCAAAUUGAAAAAUUUGUCCGUCGGAUUAAAACAAAUUGCCGAUUCUAGUCAUAAAAAUGUUGGUCGCGUUCUGAGACGUACUCGAUUGGCGGAAAAUUUAGAUCUAACUCAAGUCACUGUGCCAAUUGGUGUAUUGUUAGUGAUAUUCGAAUCUCGACCGGAUUCAUUACCUCAGGUCGCUUCACUUGCUAUAGCAUCGGGUAAUGGUUUAUUACUGAAGGGCGGCAAAGAGGCAGCCAAUAGUAAUAAAGCGCUAAUGGAGCUUGUUAAAGAAUCUCUGACAACGGUUGGUGCUGAGAAGGCGGUAUCAUUGGUUUCAACGCGCGAAGAAAUUAGCGAUUUGUUGUCGAUGGACGAUCAUAUCGAUUUAAUUAUACCACGUGGUUCUUCAGAUUUGGUACGUAGCAUCCAACAACAAUCGUUGCAUAUACCCGUUUUAGGUCAUGCUGAAGGCGUUUGUCAUGUUUUCAUUGACAAGGAUGCUGACAUCCAAAAAGCCUUGAAAAUUGCACGCGAUGCUAAAUGUGAUUACCCAGCAGCUUGCAACGCGAUGGAAACUUUACUGAUUCAUGAGGAUUUAAUGAGCGGCGACAUUUUCAACGAUGUUUGCAAUAUGUUGAAACGUGAAGGGGUUAAAAUUUAUUCGGGUCCUAAAUUGAAUCAAUUGCUCACCUUUGGCCCACCGGCAGCGAAGAGUCUAAAGCAUGAAUAUGGCGCCCUGGAGUGUUGCAUUGAAAUUGUUAAGGAUCUGGACGAUGCCGUUAAUCAUAUACAUACCUAUGGCAGCGGUCACACCGAAGUCAUUGUAACGGAAAAUGACACUGCUGCUCAGCAUUUCCUUAAAUCGGUUGAUAGUGCUUGCGUUUUCCAUAAUGCCAGUUCGCGGUUCGCUGAUGGAUUCCGUUUCGGUUUGGGUGCGGAGGUUGGCAUUUCGACGGCUCGCAUUCAUGCUCGCGGUCCAGUGGGUGUUGAAGGUCUCCUAACUACUAAAUGGAUUUUACGCGGCCGUGAUCACACUGCUGCUGAUUUUGCUGAGGGUGGCGGUUCGGUUUGGUUGCACGAAUCCUUGCCCGUGUAAACUAUACUUUUGAUUGACUAUUAUGUGAGAAGUUUCGUUCUUUUUUUUUUUUUUUUUUUUCUUCUUCUUCUUCUUCUCGUUUUCUAGUUAAGCUAUAUAAGUGGUUUUUAUGUUUUGUUUUUUAAUUUUUCCCCAAUUUUUUUGUUUUUCUUUUUUAUAAUUAUCAACAACAGUAACUCAACAACUUGUAAAUUUUUAUAACUUUUUCUUAAUAAAUUUCCUUUUGUACCUUGUUUUGUUUGCAUCUUUUUCCCCUA